AUGGGUAGGCGGGUUGGUCGGCGGAAGGUUUUCAUGCACCUAACCAGACAUGGCAGAACCUUGAAACGUAUCUGCUCUGUCGAUGCUGUUCCUAGAGGAUCCCCGGCGCAGUACACAUGGCAUGUGCUUAAUGUAAACGUACAGACCACGGACCCGUACAUGCAAGGCUGCGGCGUCACAUACGCAUCAGACGAGUUGUUCAAGCCUGAGACACCCCAAAUCUACGAUGCCAACGGACAACCUCAGUUCGGUUGCAAGAUUGACAUUCAGGCUGCCAAGGAGGCUGCGUUCUACUGCCCAGCGCCGUAUCUCCUGGACCCACCCAACUGCUUUAGGCAAGUAUUAGUGGACGGUACCGUGAAGAACACGCACGAUCUUAGCGAUUCGUUGGUAGCGUCGCGAUCUAACCACUUCGUCAUACUGAGCUUCGACAGCUCACUCGUAGGGCCCGGGAGACGUUGCACCAGACGCCGCCGUUGGAGUGCCGCUGCGUCACCGUCAAGGGCGCCAUACUCUCCACCAUACAGAUCGAGAAUUACUACUCCAAACGAUGAAUAUAUCAGAUCUAAUAAUUAA